CGUUUUCGAAUAUGGCUCAUACUUGUUACCUGACUAAAUUUAACACCACUGCAGUGCUGGUACGGAAAACGUGCGUUAUCACCAGAUCUCCAGAAGAGCUUAAGAAAUACUGAUCAGUGCGAAAGGACUGAGAGGCUAGUCUAUUUGCGACAAUGGGGCUUAUGACUGAUCCGUACACGCAGGCAGUGCUUGCCACCUUCAUUGGCCGUUUCCACAAAGUCGGUAGCCUCCUGUGCUACGUGGCAGGAGUGGCUUACAUGCUGGCCCUGGCUUACCCUACGCUGAAUGCAGGCACCUACUUCUCCGAGAAUGCCCUGCUGCCGGGAUUGGUGGACCGUGAGUAUGCCGACAGCAGCUACAAUGUGGAGCAGCUGGCUGAGGAGUACAAGAAGGUCAUUGACGGCGGGGAGGGCUUGCCCGUUGCGUAUAUGGAAACCAAAUUCACCCAGCUUGGUCUCGACACCUACACCCAGAAUUUCAGCGUCAAGCAUCCCUUCUUGGAAACUGAAGUUAUUGGGAAGCGUCGAGUGCCUAAAACCAUCCAGGGAACAAACGUUUAUGCCAUUUUGAGAGCUCCGAGAAUUGCGGGGACUGAAGCGAUUGUCUUGAUGGUGCCUUACCGCAGCGGCAAGAAGGCACAAGAACGUGGUGAUACGCACUUUGGCAUAGGGCUGAUGCUGUCCCUGGCUAAGUUCUUUCAGACCAAGACCUACUGGUCCAAGGAUCUGAUCUUCUUAGUAGUUGAUCAGGAGGACAUGGGCAUGCAGGCCUGGCUGGAGGCCUAUCAGGGCAUACCCUCAGACUACAUCAGCUCAUCGAUCAUGCAAGGGCGUAGCGGGGCCAUUAUGGGUGCGGUCAAUCUCGAGGUGGGCGUUCCUCGCGUCAAACGCUUGGACUUAGUGACCGAGGGCAUCAAUGGCCACCUACCCAAUCUGGAUCUUUUCAACCUGGUUGUGCGGCUGUGCGGUAAGGAAGGAGUCCAGGCCUCCUUCCAGAAUCAAGUAGACAGUAGCAACUACCACCGCCUCACCAGGCAAGGGUACGAGAAAUCCGCCAAGACAAUGCUGCUAAACAUGGCACAUCAGGCCACAGGACAACCCCGUGCCAUACAUGGACUGUUCCUCCACUACCACAUAGAGGCCAUAACCAUAAGGGCAGCGGCAGGCCAAAAGUCCGGCAGCAAGAGUAUGCAAGUGGUAGGUCGAGUUCUUGAAGGAGUCAUCAGAAGUAUCAACAACCUCCUAGAGCGGCUUCAUCAGUCCUUCUUCUUCUAUGUCCUCCCUAACUGUGACCGUUAUGUCUCCAUUGGGCUCUACAUGCCACCCUUUGCAUUACUCAUGAUGGUCCCCUUACUGAAUGGUCUUGCUCUGUGGAUCAAAUCUGGUAGCAUAUCCAAAUCUCUACCAACAAAGGACUCGGGAAAGGAAACGCCGAAGACUGAUUCAGAGAUCACGGACGAUUUUGUUCCUCGACCAUUGAGCACCAUCAUGCCACUUCUCAUCGGAGCAUCAGUGACCGGUGCCCUGCUUUACAUCAGCCCUGAGUUCUUCAUGAGUCGCUUGGGCAAUGUCUUCAAGCUGACGCCAGAGGAGUUGGUCAGUCUGGGUGUGAUGGCUCUCUUCGUGGGUGGGGCCAUGUUUCCUCACAUCAUCCGUCGCAAGAUGUCUUCCCCCUCCGAUCCAGGUGAAGUCGCCGCCGAGUGGCAGCUCCUUAAGUCCUUCGCCCUCAUCUGGCAGGCCGUUAUCCUGUCCGCAAUCUCCAUGAUGAAUUUCUCCCUGGCGUUCUUCAUCAGUGUUGCCAUGGUACCCAUCAGUGCCGUCGUCAAGCCGUCAUCAAGGACCCCCCUCCGUCUCCUGAAUGCUGUGCUCCUACUCCUAAUCUCCCCACCAGUACUCCUCUUCUUGUUCCUUGCCAUCUUUAACGCAGCCACCUCACCCAUUUCAGAUGGCGGAGAAUUGCUCUCCACCACUCUACAGAUGUCCAAGCAUGCCUUAUACCGAGCUGUUGUUGACGGCUACGUCUUUGGAAACUUGUCUUACGGCUUGGCUACGAUGGUUGUGUUUCCAAACUGGCUCAUGCUGUGGCUAGUCGUCUGGAAGAAAGUUUAAAACUGGACAUGUUGGCUGUAGAAAGAAACAUGUAAAAUU